GCAGUUUUUCCCCGCCCAAACUCCUAUUUUUUCUUCAUACAGCGUCCUUUGCUGCUUUUACUUUUCCCUAUUUAUUGACUGGUUAACGGAACGAUGCUGUUUUCAGCCUUAGGAACGAUCAUUGUCUCAGCUCUUGGUUUGGUAGCAGCUCAACAACCCACAAACGCUGAUUCCAACAGUCAUUUGACACCCACUGCAACAAAAUAUGCUGAUACAUUCAAGAAUGCGGGCGGUCGAGUACUUCAUGACAAGGUCAACGUCUAUCUCAUUUUCUAUGGUGAAUGGAACUCUACCGAGGCAAAGACAGAUCAGUCCAUCAUUAUGAAUUUCUUGGACCGUGUUUCAACUGCCCCUUGGUUCUCGACAUUGAAAAAGUAUCCUGAUAGCAACGGAAACACAGUGACGGGACCGUUGAAUCUAGCGGCUGCAUUGACUGACUCCGGCAGUCAUGGUUUACAGCUUAACGAUGCCAAUACCCACCAACAAAUUGUGACCGAUGCUGUGAAUUCCGGUUAUCUUUCAGCCACCAACCAGCUCGACGGUGACGGUGUUUAUAUCAUUUUGGCCGGUCAGAAUGUGCAGGACAAAGAUUUCUGCAACGCCCAUUGUGGCUAUAACAGUUACAAUGAUCAAUUCCAGUACAUUUUCGUCGGUCAUCCUAAACUCUGUCAGGACAGAUGUAUCCCACCAUUCAACAAGGAGACUUCACCCAACAACAGUCCUGCCGCUGACGCCUUCAUCACGAUCCUUUCGCAUGAACUUCAAGAUAUAUUGACCGACCCCAAAGGCGAUGGCUGGGUCAUUCAAGAAAAUCAAAAGAGAAUCGAAUUAGGUGAUUUCUGUGCCGGAGCUAAUGUUACACAGGAACAAUGGUUUGGUCAAUUGUCUCAGAUAGAAGCCGGCAAAAACGCAAGCUACAACAUUGCCAUUGAUGGCAACAAGUAUCUCGUUCAAACCAUCUUUGAUCGAGAGAAAAAAUCAUGCGUCCUCUCUGGCAACUAAAGCAAGUGAAAACUUUUUUUUUUUCACUCAAAUGUCCAUACGAUACCCGUUCCUUUUCUUUCCUCCAACUCCGCCUCAUAUACAUUUUUUUUGUACCAUGAAAAAAUUGUAAAAAAACCACCAUUUGCUCAGAUAGUUCUGAUUGGCUCAGCGAUUAAAGCGUUCAAGCAAAAAAUA